GCGUGCGCGCCGGCCUUUCUGCUUCCUGCGCUCCACGGGGUGAUCAGCUGGUGUGCGCUGCCCUGACGUGGGCCGGGGCACGUCACCGCCGAAUGGCAGCCUCCAGAAAGGCACCGCGAGUAAGGGCGAAUCACCAGGAUUUUCAGCUGAGAAAUUUAAGAAUAAUUGAGCCUAACGAAGUGACACACUCAGGAGACCCAGGUGUGGAAACAGACGGCAGGAUGGCUCCAAAGGUAACCUCAGAGUUGCUUCGGCAGCUGCGACAAGCCAUGAGGAACACAGAGUAUGUGACAGAACCGAUCCAGGCCUACAUUAUCCCAUCGGGAGAUGCCCACCAGAGUGAGUACAUUGCUCCAUGUGACUGUCGGCGGGCCUUCGUCUCUGGAUUUGAUGGCUCUGCGGGCACGGCCAUCAUUACAGAAGAGCAUGCGGCCAUGUGGACUGAUGGACGCUACUUUCUCCAGGCUGCCAAGCAGAUGGACAGCAACUGGACACUCAUGAAGAUGGGUCUGAAGGACACACCAACUCAGGAAGACUGGCUGGUGAGUGUACUUCCUGAAGGAUCCAGGGUUGGUGUGGACCCACUGAUCAUUCCUACAGAUUACUGGAAGAAGAUGGCCAAGGUUCUGAGAAGUGCAGGCCACCACCUCAUUCCUGUCAAGGAGAACCUUGUGGACAAAAUCUGGACAGACCGUCCUGAGCGCCCGUGCAAGCCCCUCCUCGCACUGGGCCUGGAUUACACAGGCAUCUCCUGGAAGGACAAGGUUGCAGACCUUCGGUUGAAAAUGGCUGAGAGGAAUGUCGUGUGGUUUGUGGUCACUGCCCUGGAUGAGGUUGCGUGGCUGUUCAAUCUCCGAGGAUCGGACGUGGAGCACAAUCCCGUGUUUUUCUCCUAUGCAGUCAUAGGAUUGGAGACGAUCAUGCUCUUCAUUGAUGGUGACCGCAUAGAUGACCCCAGUGUGAAGGAGCACCUGCUUUUUGACUUGGGCCUGGAAGCCGAAUACAGAAUCCAGGUGCUUCCCUACAAGUCCAUCCUGAGCGAGCUCAAGGCUCUGUGUGCCAAUCUCUCCCCAAGGGAGAAAGUGUGGGUCAGCGACAAGGCCAGCUAUGCCGUGAGCGAGGCCAUCCCCAAGGAUCAUCGAUGCUGUAUGCCUUACACCCCCAUCUGCAUUGCCAAAGCUGUGAAGAAUUCUGCUGAAUCAGACGGCAUGAGACGAGCUCACAUUAAAGAUGCUGUUGCCCUCUGUGAACUCUUUAACUGGCUGGAGAAAGAGGUGCCCAAAGGUGGUGUGUCCGAGAUCUCAGCUGCUGACAAAGCCGAGGAAUUUCGCAGGCAACAGGCUGACUUUGUGGACCUGAGCUUCCCAACGAUUUCCAGUACGGGACCCAAUGGCGCCAUCAUUCACUACGCGCCAGUCCCUGAGACGAAUAGGACCUUGUCCCUAGAUGAAGUAUACCUGAUUGACUCGGGAGCUCAGUACAAGGAUGGGACGACAGACGUGACACGGACCAUGCAUUUUGGGACCCCUACAGCCUAUGAGAAGGAAUGCUUCACAUAUGUCCUCAAGGGCCACAUAGCUGUGAGUGCAGCCGUUUUCCCGACUGGAACCAAAGGACACCUUCUUGACUCGUUUGCCCGCUCAGCUUUAUGGGAUUCUGGCCUGGAUUACCUGCACGGAACAGGACAUGGUGUUGGGUCUUUUCUGAAUGUUCACGAGGGUCCUUGUGGCAUCAGUUAUAAAACCUUUUCUGAUGAGCCUUUGGAGGCAGGCAUGAUCGUCACUGAUGAGCCGGGGUAUUAUGAAGAUGGGGCUUUUGGAAUUCGCAUUGAAAAUGUUGUCCUGGUGGUUCCUGUGAAGACCAAGUAUAACUUCAAUAACCGGGGAAGCCUGACCUUUGAACCUUUAACUUUGGUUCCAAUACAGACCAAAAUGAUAGAUGUGGAUUCUCUUACAGACAAAGAGGUAAUGAGGAAUGGGACUCUCCCAGCCAGAAGCCUCUUUUUCCCUUAUUCAGCUCGAUUGGCUCAACAACUACCACCUGACCUGCAGGGAUGUGAUCGGGAAGGAAUUGCAGAAGCAGGGCCGCCAGGAAGCUCUCGAGUGGCUCAUCAGGGAGACACAGCCCAUCUCCAAACAGCAUUAAUGCCUCCCUGGUUUGGGUUUUUGUAAGAUGCUCCAGGGAAGGGAAGAAACCUGGCAGAUUCCUGACAUCUGUCUCCUUUCCUCUCCUUCCUUUCUUCCCCUUUUUACUUUGAGAUUCUAAGGAGAACUGAAAAUCUUCUUAUCCUCUUUGAUAUUUUCUUGCAAACACUCGAUCUUUUAUGAUUUUUUUAAUUAUUGAGAACGAGCCAAGAAUAAAAUUGCUGCACUGGAAGGAGGGUCCCCCCAAAACUGAACACUUGACCCGGGGGGACGCCUCGAGCAGCCACAGUGAGUUCUCUGGCCCGUGAUGGUGAAGCCCUGCGCGCUUGCUCUCUGAUGGUUCCAGGUGCUAGUACAUCAUUCACAAUCUCCUUGAUUCAUGGGACUGUAUUUAUGAUCAGUGAAUAAAAUGUCAAAAUGUA